UUGUCCUGCUUCCUGACAGAAAAACAACAGGCAGAGUAUAAAAGGGGGGAGCAGUGGAGGAAGAGGCUUGUUUUUGUUCGAGGAGUUGGAGCAAAGCAGAGCUGAACAGAGGGAGGGAAACUUAUUUUAACCAAAAGAUUGGGGGAGUUGAGGAGGCACCACAGCGAUGUGGGCUGGCCUCAGUCUGCUCCUCACUCUCUGCCUCCUCCAUGGGGGCGGGGCAGAGAGUGAGGGGGGUGGGCCUCGCUGUCAGUUGCCUCCGGCCUGGAGGAUAGGGGAUGUGGAGCCUAUGAAGGGGUCAAUGGGCAGGGUGACAGUGGUGGCUCUUCUACAGGCCAGCUGACUGUUCUGCUUGGUGCAGGCUUCCAGAAUGGAUGGCCUGCACCAGCAGCUGGAGGGUGAGGGUCUGAAGAAUGUGGCUUACAUGGUUGUUAACCACCGGGGGGCGCAAGCACAGCGCCUGCACACCAUGAUGGCACAAAGACUCUCAGAGAACAUCACAUUCUAUAAACAGGAUGAGCAGCAGCCGGAUGUUUGGCAGACACUUGGGGGAGACAAAGAUGACUUCUUCAUUUAUGACAGGUGUGGUCGUCUUACUCAUCACAUCUCGCUUCCAUACUCCAUCAUUGGACAGGGCCAUAUUGAGGGUGCAAUCAAAGACGCAUACUGCAAACGCACUUGUGGAGAGUGCAGCUAUGAGAGCGCUGAGAUUCCAGAGGAGUGCAAACAGAAAUCAGAUGCACAGCCUGAUACUCCAUCUGUAGACGGCACUGGGCUCGGUCACGGUCAUGAUCAUGGCCAUGGUCACCAUCAUGGACAUCACCAUGGUGAUGGCCAUCAUCACCAUGGGGCUGGUCAUGGUCACCAUGGGGCUGGUCAUGGUCACCACGGGGCUGAUCAUGGUCACCAUGGGGCUGAUCAUGGUCACCAUGGGGCUGAUCAAGGUUUCCACCCCCGUGGCUUUGGCCAUGGACAUGAUCACGACCAUGGCCAACACCAGGGACACCAUGAUGCUGGCCAUGGUUCUGAUUAUGUACAAACUCAAAGUCAGCAAAGUAUUGGGGCACAAGGGCGUGAGCAAGAUAGUAGGAUGUCUCAAAUGCAGCAUCAUUUUGAUUUAGCCCAGAUACCACAAGCAGUGCACAUGCAACAAAUGUCGCAUGAUGCUCACGGGGCCCCUGCUAGGCCUUGAACACCAGAGAAGGUGAGGUGAAAGUCAAAGCACAGCUGACAGUGGACAGCAGGCUCUGACAAUGAAGCCUCUCCCAAAGCCAGCUGAUGCUGACACUGACGCAGGCUGUUUGGCGAUGCAGGGAGUGAGCAGCCAGUUGGUCUCUGACACUGUGACGAGGCGCUGCCCGCCUCCUGACAGUGACACGGACUGAUAGGCAAUGCAGCCAAUAAUGUUAGGGAGACCUGACAGUGACGCUUGCCUCCUGCUGCCUGACAGCAGCCACAGCCAACCCAAUGAGCCUGACCUCCAGGUGUUGUGAGCUGAGGAUGACAGCAGCUGUAAGCUGCUCCAAUUAUCCCUCUUAUUAACAUCAGCCACCAACACCGGAGUCAAGUGCUCUUUUUACCAACAAGUAUUACCCUGGGACAGGAGGGAGGCAAUUCUGACAGGAGGGAUGUGGAACAGGGGAACAAGCCAAUAACACACUGAUAAAGGUAACAUACCACAAAAACAGAUCAACCAAAACAUGUAUGGCUAGUGUAUUAUGCUAAUGAUUUGACUGUACUUUAACCAAUAUACCAUGUUGCCCCUCUGUCAGUGGGUUGCUCUCAUCCUGUCUCAGUAGUUUAUGUGGUUGUCAUGUCCAUUAAUUGUCUUCUCCAUUUUGUUCUCUCCAUCCUUUAUGAAAACAGGCGCAGAAACUAUGCUCUAGUGGCCUCUGUAUGAUGUCAGGCUGGAGUGAGGGGAGAAGGUAGUUCAAGAACAUGAUAAACCCCUGAAGCAUUUCAAAGUUCAGAAUAAAGAAUGACAUAAAGUCUGUAAGACGAUACAGGAUGUAGGAGGAGUAAAAGAAGAUACUAUUGCAGUAUAUCAGACAUUGUGAACUAGUUACUUAAGAGAAAUAUUUGACUGGCAGUGGCCUGAAAAAACAUUUAAAACAAAACUAAAACAGCAUAAAGCAAUGAUGCAUUUCACUGUAGGGCACACUAUUGAUCAUCACUCUUGUGCACAUAUAACAGCAGUAACUUUCAUGAACAGCUUUAUUUUUUUUGUUUUCUACUUGCUGAUAAAGUGCUCAAGCUUUAACAUAUCUCAGGUGUAUCUUUUUUCCACUUUCAAAAAACCCCUCACAUUUUAAAUGUUGAGUAUUUGGCGUUCCUGUUUUCUUUUUUUUGCAUUUACCAAAUUUGCUAUGUAGGUUGCAAAUUGCAUACAUUUAUAAAAUAAAACAUAAAAAGCAUGGUUCUAUCGUUAAGGAAGAAAGGAACGGAAAAUGAGAGUAAAGAAAUGAAUGAUUGUUGGAAUACACUCUGUACUUAAUGACGGUUUCUGUGGAAAGACAACAGUCACCCUGAAAAGCUGAUGUUUGUACAGACAAUUGUAUUAAGGCUGUCAAAGAAGGAAAGAGAAAAUUGAAUAAAGAUGAUUGAGUUAC